AUGUCCCUUCCACCUAUUGCGGCUUGGAAUGUUAGAGGGUUCAAUAACCCUGUUAAAGUCAAGCUCUGUCGUGAUCUUAUUGCCGCCUACCGUCUUAAGCUUCUUUGCAUUUUAGAAGCUAAAAUUCAGUCCAAUGUUGCUCAAGAUCCGUGGUUUCUUUUCUCCCAUUCUCUUUUUGAGAAUGAGAAAAGUUUUGAUAAUUUCUCUUGUUCUUCUCCGGGAAGGAUUUGGAUUAAAUGGGAUUCGGCUCAAAUUUCCUUUACUCCUCUCUCUGCCUCUUCUCAAGUGAUUCAUGGAAUUGUUCAAGCUGGCUCUUUUCCUCCGAUUUAUCUGUCUGCUGUGUAUGCUGGUAAUGAUUUGGUGGACAGGAAGGAACUUUGGGAAAACCUUUUGGGCUUUUCGGCUAAUUUGGAGCACCCUUGGGUGGUUAUGGGUGAUUUUAACUGCUGUAGGUUUCAAAAUGAAAAAGCGGGUGGAAACCUUUUGACUGGUGAAAGAUUAGGGGAGCUUAAUAGUUUUGUUUUUGAGUCAGGCUUGCAUGACCUGGCUUCGGUGGGGCUUUUUUAUACAUGGCAUAAUCAAAGGAGUGAUAAUCCUAUUCAUAUUAAGUUGGACCGUAUGCUGGUUAACACUGGUUUUCUGGAUGUAUUCCCAUCUGCUUAUUACAAAAUUGAUCCUCCCACGGGAUCGGAUCAUUCGCCUAUAAUUCUUUUUGCUGCUCAUUGUAAUAGGACCUUUUCUAGGUUUAUGUUCAAGGUCUUCUGGACUAAUGUGGACGAAUUUUGGGUUGAGGUUUUAAAAGCUUUUAGUAGGCCGGUUUCGGCUAGUCCUAUUGCUUUCUUCUAUGACUGUUUGAAAGAGCUUAAGGGUGCUAUCAGGGCUAAAGAUUGGAGUUCUUCCAAUUAUAUUUCCAAGGGUAUCUUGGAAAUGAAAAGUUUACAACAACAAUGUAUUAAUGCCAUUCAGUUGGAUCCUUUAAACCAUAGUUUGAACUGCUCCCUUAAAGAGGCGAAUACUCGUUUAGCAUCUUUAAACUCUGAUUGGGUUUCUUGGAUUUCCCAAAGGGCUAAAGCUUACUGGUUAUCUCAAGGUGAGGAUGAUCUUGGUUUUCUCUAUGCCAAGAUCAGAUCCAGGAAAAACCGGAAUACUAUUAAUGAAAUUUCUACUUCGACGGGCACUCUUUCUUCACAUGAGGAUUUAGCUCAUGUUCUUAUUUCCCAUUUUAAGGAGCUUUACAACUCUAAUCCUCCUCCUUUGGAAUCUGGUUAUGUCAUUCCUGAGGGCAAUAAGGUUCCUAAUGCCUUAAUCCCUUCUCUUGUUAGCCCUGUGACUGAGGAAGAAAUAAAAGCUGUUGUGUUUGAGGGGGUUUCUUAUUCUGCUCCGGGUCCUGACGGGUUCUCCUUUGCCUUUUACCAAAAGACUUGGCAUAUUACACAUAUUUUGGGUAUCGAUUUAUGCAGAGCUGUUAAGCAAUUUUUUUCUACUGCCUGUUUGGCUUUGGUGUUUAAAUUUCGGCUGUAUCUCUAUUGUUUGCAUAUGCGAAUUUGGACGGCUGUUUACUGCUGCUUUAUGGCUGGAAGGGGUUUAUUAACCUGGGACGAUGAGAUGCUCCAGUUGGCUGUCCCUCGUCGUAACCCUUGGAGGGCCUUCGGGCAACCAGGGGCCUUUUUUACUGCUAGUCUCUGUGGUACUUCUGGAACGUGGAUCACGGGUUGCCCCAUCCCUGGAUUUCAUCUUCUGAUUUGGGUUACAAUUCUUCAGAGCUUUCAUGCUUAUGCUGUCGCGGUGGGCGAG